AUGGAGGCAGUGGAACAUGUGGAAGUAGAUUUCAAUGAACACCAAGAGCCUAGCGGAUGCGGGUAUGGAUGCUUUUGGGUUUUUAGUUUGAGGUGGUGGCAAGGCCAUGAAGAAGGUAAAGGCCUACUGGAGGAAAAGGGAGAAUCCUGGGUGAGUUGCAAGUUGAGGAAGAUGAAGGAGGUUUCAGAAGUGAUUGCAGGUCCCAAGUGGAAAACAUUCAUUAGAAGGAUAAGCGGAUAUGGCAAGAAGCAGCAGAGGAACAAGUUUCAAUAUGAUGAACACAGCUAUGCUCUAAACUUCAACAGUGGGGUACAGAGCGAAGAUGAUGACAUGCCUCCAAGUUUCUCAGCUAGGUUUAGUGCUCCUUUUACCUCUGGACGUCGCCAAACUGAACUAUGAUUCGUGCAUGUUCGUUUUCUAAGUGAUUUUACUGCUUAAAUUUGUUCACUUGUUAGUAUUUUUCAUUCGGUAGAAUCAUUAAUUAUUCAUCUGUAAAGAUCAUUCUUUAU